UCGGCCGCGGCAGUUGGACGACAGGGAGAGCGCAAGUCGUCUUCGCCGUCGAACUGGUUUUCCGUCCCAUCCGCGGCGAGGCGAGCAACCGCGAUUGUCGACUACGAUAACGAAGCCGCGAGGCGAAGAAAAAAAAGUGUUUUCCCGUAGUUGUGCUGCCGACCGAGUUAGACAGCUCCGUGGGUUCGGUGCGUCGACCAGAGUCGCCGUGAAUCUACGAGAGAAGAAAAAAGAAACACGAAAGAUUGACGCGGGCCCCCCCCGCUACUGAAGAGCGACUCGGGAGGGAGUUCCACGACACCGAGAAGCGACGUUCGCGUCGAGAGGAAAGGAAACUAACGAGCCAUGCUUCGACGCCGACGAUUCCCAGACGCCGCGAUUCCAGCGCAUCGAGAGAGUCAAGAUCGCCGUCGCUGAAUCGCCGUGGUUUCUUUUUCGUCCGGCAGCAUCUAGCGCCAGUUUCGCUGCCGCAACUUUCCUCAUGUGAACGAUAGAGAAGCACGUCAGUUCGACUCCGAUAUACACCACCACGCCUGUGUGUGCAGUGCGACGGUUUCGUUUCGUCUUGAUUCCGUUGCCGGUGCGUCUCCCCGUUCGCCACUUCGGUCGUCCGGCCCGUGGUUGUCGCCGUCGUAGGCGCGCGUGAAUUUGCGCCUGUGAUUUGUUUUGCACCUGUGGGUCUUGUGUUCGUCGUCGCACCGCAUGUGAGCCACGCUUAGGCUAGAAAAUAUUUUUUUUUCGUCUUCGUCCAGUUGUGUGACAGACAGCUGAGAAGUCAUGGAGCGAGCUACAUGUGGUGUCGUUUGCUUUCUGCUCGUCGCCCUGUGCUUCGGAAAGGCCAGAAGCCAGACCAAGCAGGAGGAAGUGACCGAGUUCUCGCCCACAGUGUCGGCCAACUGCGACAAGGGCUUCAUGACCAUCUCGGUUCUGACCGAGGAGCCCUUCAACGGCAUCCUGCACACCAGAGACACCAGCGACCCUCGGGGCAUCGUCAAGGAGCUGCGUCGCAGCCCCUGCAUCGCGUACGGCACCGGAGGCCUCAACACCUCGCUGCGGAUCUCCCUGUUCCCGGGCCCCGACGACGCGCUAUACUGCGGCGUCAGGAAAAAGCAAGGCACAGAGGAGCGUUCAGUUGCCAUCUCCAUUCGUGUGCACAAGGCCCUGGAGCUCUCGGACGACAAAUCUUACGUUAUCACCUGCGGCAAGAACAACUUCCGAAAUGCCAGGAAUGAGCUCUACAGGGUUUCCCUCGGUUUCCUGGACGAACAGAAGAGAGUGUACGAACUGGUGAUGGGGCACCACUACACACUCCGGGCAAGUGCUCAUGGCCCUGGUGAAACUGGCGGCAUUGUGGUCAGAUCUUGCUUCAGUUUUGCAUCCAAUACCAGUGAAGAGGAGCUCAUAGAUGCCAAUGGGUGCCCAAAGACCACAUUCCUGUCAGCGUUUAAGUACAACGAGACAUCGGACACGGCAGACGCAACAGUGUCGUCCACAUUCAGGUUCCCAGGAAGCAACAAAAUCAACAUUCAAUGCGACAUCGUUCUCUGCCAGUCAUCUCGGUGUCCAGUGUCCAGCUGCGGGGCAUCUCCAGAUGGCGGAGGCAUCAAGUCGCUUCCUCAAAUCAAAGACAGCGAGUCUGCUGUGCAGUUGAUGGCAUCAACAUCCGUCUUUGUGGUGGAGCCUGGGGAAAGCUCAUUGUCAGCACCCCUGCGUGAGUGCACGGAGUGGCGUUUCCCGUGGCUCAUCGGCCUCUGCAUCUGCCUGGCCGUACUGCUGCUCGUCAUGCUCAUUGUCAACAUCUUCCUCUGCUCUUCGUUAACCUGCACGUGCACCAAGACAGAGGUUGAAGAGAAGGAACCGUCUGAGAUGGAGGAUUACGACCCCUACAAGGGCAGCUGGGUACCAAGCUCACAGUACGGAUCCCGAACAUCGCUUAACAAACCAGGCUACACCUCUGGCGGCUCCACCCUCAACUCUGCUCGAUCCGUGAGCAAUGGAAGUGACCACUACACCAUUGUUCACUCCAGGCCUAACAGCCGCUACUCGCACCAUUCAAGCAAAGAGCCGCUCCACCGAAAUGGUCCGGCAUCACAUCUCUCCAACGGACACUACAAUUCCAGAAUAUGAUCACCUCCCUUGGACAAUGCAAAAGACUGACAUGUGUGUUUUUAUUGUGCUUCCAAGGGAAUUGCUGUUAGUUAUUUUAAGACUACUAUUAGUUCUUUUUUAAAGAAAAUGACACAAAUGACACAAUGUGGACAGCUAUGUGUGGCAGCUCUCGGAAUAUCAAAUUGUAGCUGCUUUGAUGUGAAAUGCUAUAUACUUAGUACUAAUGAUGCAAGCACUGUUGCAGGCAAGCACUGUUGCAGGCUUCAUACGGGCUAGAUAGGAGUCAACCUUCUUUUGUUUGUGCAUUCUCUACCUUUGACUGGGUAGCUGGCUUAAGGUUUAGAAAAAGAAAAAAGAAAACUCAGCGUCCUGCUAUACUUUGGAUGUCUGCCCUGCAACCCCGAACAAGGACGUACAGCAUUGUGAGAUGAACACAACAUGGUGUUGUACCACCUAAAGAAAAAUAGUCAGCUACGAUACUUCAGUUGUGAUGUUUCAAACUAAGGAGGCUUUAAACACAUUUCAAGACAAAAAAAAAAAUGAAAAUGUAGCGAUACUACUGCACAUUAUGCAUUACCCCCCCCUCCCAUUAAGACGUGCAACAUUAAACAUGCCUGACUGCCGGAAAGAGAAUGGUAACAUAACUCCAAGUUCUAAAUUCCGGUAUGAGGAUCAAUGCUCCAAGUUAGGUUCCUAAUAGUACUUGCAAAAAAUAAUAGUUGAGAUAAACAACAGAUUUACAACUAGGGUUACUAAAAACAAAUAAAAAGACAAUUUUUAUAUCAGAGCAUUCAAGUUUUAGAUUCACUACACAAAGUAGAAUGUGUGGACUUAAAAAAAAAAUACACGAAUGCUGCCUCUUUCAGAACACAGCAGCUACAAUACAUGUAUAUCUACAGAGAACAUUUGUAAGCCCAAUAGAGAGGUAAAGAAGUAAACAAAGUUAUUGUAUAAUUCAAAAUGCAAAAUGAAUAGACUGCAACAAUGCUGAUAGCUUGUAUCACAGUGUGCACGAUGCGUGGUCAAUGUCCAAUGUGAAAUGAAGUCGAGUGCUGUACAAACCAUACAUUUGCUCGUUCCACAUUCGAGGCAGCAUAAACUUCCUCCGCCUUUAUAUCGUUGCGUUGUUCAUAUUCUUCAGAACACCUAGUCCUCACUCAACGCUUCAUGUAAAGUUUAUGGCGCACAUCUCUAAAAAAUGACUUUUUUUUUGUGCAUAGACUAUCUUCUACAACCAUUUCUCAGGCAAUGCAGCUUUUAUUAUAUCUUUCCUUUGCCAUGUUUGAAACGAUGGCAGCAUAGCAACCAAAUGCAGAUGACAGCUUUCCAUGAUUGCCUUCACAAAUGGAGCAUUUCUCUAUUAAUUUAUUUAGCAUGCAUACGAGAUUCUUUCCCAAUGAUGCAUUUUAAUUUCGUUAAUCAUCCAGCUUUUUGUGCAUUCCGUAUCAUCCGUCGAAGCUCCAACAUGAUGGUUAAGGCAUUUGAAGAUGUGUAAACAGAAUACGUAAAUAACCUUUCUCAUCUCAGCUAGGGCAUACAAACAGCUCUGACUUGCUUUUGCUGUUUUGAAAGCUCUCUGAGACUUGCUUUGUUUGAGUUGGAUAGAGUAAUUGCAUCUUAUAUGAUGAACAUGAAAAUUUCUGUUAAAAAAGAACAUAUAUGCUCUACUGUACAGCCUGUUACAAAGAGUGAAGUGUAUUACAUUUCUGCAAUAUGAUUGACAUUACCUUGGGCACAGCCUUAAUGUUGUUACACAUAAAAGGAUGAAUUUCAUAUGCAAGAAUCCAAUGCAUGAAAUAUGGGCCCACAAAACCAGCCCAAAUUAAGCUGGCUCAUAAAUGCAUUGCAGCAGGUGGCAUACAGAAACUAUAAAACUGUGAUAGUCAAGUGCCGAGAUCGAUUACUUGUACAAACAAAAACACAGUUUGACUUCAGCACACUCAAUUCUUAUUUCUAAAACACAACCCAAAAUUUGGUUGCGGCACAAAUUGCACCAUUGCUUGGCUUUUCUUGUUUUUCAUUAUUUGUUGCAUUCCCAAAGCUCAAUCUGUCUCCUCAUGUGCAAAAUAUUCACUUUUGUGUGUGACAUACAGUGAGCACAAAUUUAAAUACAAAGUAAGAAGGUUUACGUAUGACUGCCUGGCUUUUCAUACCACGUGUGGGUGUUUGCUAAGCAAACCAGGCUUUUGAAAUUUCACAUCCGAGCCUCCCUCACCUUAAUGUAACGUGCAAUCUUAGGUGAGCAAUACUGAAGAUACAUUUCUGUUUAUUCUUGCUUGUUUGUGUUACAGCUUAUGCUGGUAGCACAACACAUCACCGUCUAAUUCUUCUCAUCCUGAAACAUGUGCUUCCAUUAACAGCGGCUACUUGAGCAAACUUAGGGAAAUACAAGAUAUAUAUAUAUAUAUACAUAUACAUAUAUUUUUCUCCAUGUGUGUGUGAUGUCCGUUGAUUAUUUUGUCACAAUGUGCCAUGACCUGUUGCACAGUGCUCGUCAAACAGCACUCUGUUCAACGCUAUUUUUACUAACACUGUUUUUAUAGCGAUGGCUGUGUCCUCGUCUAAGGUUGUGCACGUUUGUAGCUAGAUGGAGAUCAAAACCAGACCAUUCAAGCAGUAAACAUUUUGAGAGUUUAUGUUUAAUAAGAGAGCAUCCUAAGAAAAUAGCUGGCAAAAAUUUAAAGCUCUAAUAGGGAGAAAAAGAAAGAAAUAGAAAAUACCUCAGAGGUAAAGAUUUGGCUGACAAUUAUGUGAGCACAAUCUCAGCAUAGAUAGAGCAGUACGUAAUGCAGAAAGCCAGGUGAAUUGGACCGUCAACAUCUGAGACACUUCCAGUGUUUCGGGGAGAAAAACAUCUAAGACGAACACAGAAAAGAUAAGAACAGUCUUGUUGUCCUUUCUGUGUUUCUUUAAAGCAUAGCUUUUCUAAACACAGAUUCUCAUUUUGCAGGAUACCAGCUGUGUGUUUUAGAAUUGCUUUUAACGCCCACAAAGAACCACACCAAAAGUUGUGAAAUGGCUGUUGCAGUUUAUGGUAGUGAAUGAAUGUUCGCUUAAUCAAAAGAUUACAUGUUCUUUUUUUUUUUCACACUUCACAUCUGUACCAAGUACAGAGAGCUCAGAAAAAUGACAUUGUCAAUCUUAAAACACAAUGUUGUCGCUCAAGAAGGCCAGCAGAAAUUCAUGUUGGCAUCUCUGCCUUUACCGUAACAUUUCCAUCAUCAUGUGUGUGUUUAUGCAAAGCCUUACCAUGUUUGUGCAGUACGUGUAAAUAUACUUUUUUCUAAAUGUGUACAUUAAAAAGAAGUCUUGUUUUA